AUGGACCUGCCUUACUAUCAUGGCCCUCUGACCAAGCAAGAGUGUGAAAUCUUGCUGCUUAAAGAAGGGAUAGAUGGUAACUUUCUAAUACGAGACAGCGAGUCUAUACCAGGAGUCCUGUGUCUCUGUGUCACGUUUAAACAUUUUGUCUAUACAUACCGAAUCUUCAGAGAGAAACAUGGAUAUUACAAGAUUCAGACUGUGGAAGGGGCUCCAGAACAAAUCUUUCCAAACUUAAAGGAAUUAAUCUCCAAAUAUGAAAAACCAAACCAAGGGCUGGUGAUUCACCUCUUAUACCCAGUAAACAGAAGCAGCUUCUGCCCAAGAAAGAGAAGAAUACAGUUAAAUGAAUUCAGACACAUAAAAGAGGCAUCAAAGCAGCUAUACUGCAACACUUGGGCAAAUCCGUAUGUGUUGCUGGAGGUGAUGGGUAGUAGUAACAUCUAA